AUGGCACCAACUUUUAAACUUAUAGCACUAUUAUGUAUAACAGUAUUUAUAAUAAUAGGAGUAUUUCAAUUUAGUCCAAGUUUUAAUAAUAAUAAUAAUAACAAUAUAGAUCAACAACAAGUAGAUGUAAUAGAAAAAGCAGAAGGAGAAAAUGAUUUAAUAUCAAGUAAAGAACAGGUGAAAUUGGAACCAACUAUAUUUAUAUCUUUGGCAUCUUAUAGAGAUGCAAUGUGUAGUGAUACGAUUAAUUAUAUCUACAAGAAUGCAAAACAUCCAGAGUAUAUAUAUGUUGGAGUGGUAGAUCAAGGUGCUGAAAAGAUUGACAAGAUAUUCAAUGAUACUGUAGAACAUGGUUAUCCCAAUUCCUAUUGUUAUCAUUCUCUAGAUAUACCAAAAGAAUGGGUAGAUGAACACAUACGAUUCAAAUCAAUGACAUCGGAAGAGUCAAAAGGUCCGACAUUGGCAAGAUUCUGGGCAAGCAAACUAUACAAAAAAGAAACUUAUUAUAUGCAAAUCGAUUCACACAUGCGUUUUAUCAAACAUUGGGAUGUUCAUGUGAUUGAUGAUCAUUGGAAAUUGACUCGUGUCGAAGGUGUAGAGAUUGGAAGAGGUGGUGUUCCCAAAGGGAUAUUGACUCAUUAUCCAUUACCAUAUGACCACGAUUCAUCUGGACUGCCAAAAGAUGACCAAACACAUGUACCCAAUCUAUGUAAAGGUAUAUUUAAUGCAGAGGGUCUCAUGACAUUCAACUCUUAUAUUCUCGCUGCCACCGAGGUACCAAAAGAGUGUCCAUUUUUAGCGGCUGGUUUCUUUUUUGGUACAGCAGAGUUUUUAUCAACGGUUCCAUACGAUCCUCAUCUUCCCAACAUGUUUGAAGGUGAAGAGAUCUUACAUACCGUACGUCUAUGGGUCAAUGGUUACAGAUUCUUUGCACCUACAAUGAACUUUUGUUAUCAUUUCUACAUUCGUAAAGAUCAACCAAAGUUUUGGGAAGAUGUAUCAGAAUAUCGUGUCGGCGUGAGACAAUCAGUCGACAGAGCAAAAUACAUACUUGGUUUGGAUCAUCCACAUGAUCUAUCUGAUCCAAAAUACUACGAUAUCAAUGACUACGACAUUAAAAACAAAUCAAUCAUUCAACAAUAUUGGAAAACUUAUGAUUUAGAUCCAAUUGCUAAAACUCAUGAUUUUAAUAAAUGGUGUAGAUAA